AUGCUGGAUGUAGCCUGGUGGAGGAGCAAAAACGGUUAUGUUGGUCAAGAACCUGUCCUUUUCGAUAUGACACUCGCUGAGAAUGUCCGUUACGGUAAGGAAGAUGCGUCUAUGGCUGAGCUGGAGAAGGUUGCUAGUAUGUCCAAUAUGGAUUAUGUUACCUCUAUGGGAGGCAGCGUGAAGUGGGACGACCCGAUGGGCCCGAAAGGUUGUCGUCUGUCUGGCGGUCAGAAGCAGAGAGCAGCUAUUGCUAGAGCUCUUGUGAGAGAUCCUCAUAUUAUUUUCCUCGAUGAGGCUACGAGUGCAUUGGACUCUACUAGUGAGAAGAUCGUCCAGAAUGCUAUUGAUACCGCCUCUGUUGGUCGUACCAGUGUAACUGUUGCUCAUAGGUUGACUACUGUUCGUAAUUGUGAUGUUAUUUACGUCAUUACUGAUGGUAAAAUCGUUGAAUCUGGCAAUCAUGAUGUUCUUAUGGCUAAUCGUGGUGUAUACUACGACUUGUAUACCAAGGGUCAAAAGUAG